AUUCCUGUUUAUUCCGAUAAAUGGGUAAAUCAUAAUGAACCGACAAAUUAUUCUGAAACUUUACAAGGAUAUUCUGAGAUACGGAGAAACUUUGAAAUUCACAAAUAAGGGGUACUUUCGACACAGAAUACGAGUAGCUUUUAAGGAUAAUAAAAAUCUGACCGACAAAGCGAUGAUAGAUUUUCAACUAAAGAAAGGUAUGAAAUUUUUGGAAGCCAAAAAAGUGAUAUAAAUCUCGUUUUA